AUGAGAAUUAAGCUUAUGAAUAAGUUAGUGUUUUUAUGUUUACACCAGCUAUGGCCAAGUCCUGAAUGCAGUACACCAGAGUGUAGUCAGUGGUCAACCACAACAUCCCAGCCAUCUAAUGGACAGGCCAAGAGUCUGACAAGGCCCCAUCAGACAACCACCUCAGAGGAUCAGCUUACUUCAAGUGACUCUUACAUAACAUACACCGAUAUCUAUGCACCUGGCAUCAUUGACAGCAGUUCUUCAGACUGUGAGGAAGGAGAGAAAUUGCCAGAGAAUCACAGUGAUGGACUGACAGCUGCAGAUGUGGUGUCCAAUUUGUCUCUGAAGCUUCACUCACGAUCCUGCAGCAGAUUCAACAUUAACCGGGCCAAUGUCUGGGAUGGUGCCUUAAGAGGGUUCAAGCAAUCCACAUAUGACCCUACCUACACCAUGCUGGUGAGAUUCUCAGAUGAUGUUGGGCAGAUAGAAGAGGCUUUGGACACCGGUGGACCCACUCGAGAAUUUCUUACUCUUUUGAUUGACACCAUGAAGACAAGACGGAUAUUUGAAGGCAAAGACAAUGCCAAAUACCUCUCAUUUGAUAGUAAAGCUUUGGAAGAUGAUGAAUACUUCCACGUUGGAAGAAUGAUUGCAGUCUCUAUGGUCCAUGGCGGUCCAGGGCCUCGUUGUCUCUCCCCAAACUUCUUCCUGUAUCUCGUUGGUAAAGUAAAGGCAAUUGAGGCUACAAUUGAGGAUAUCCAUGAUGAUGAAGUGAGGAAGGCCCUCCUUGAGAUAAAUAAUACUACAUCACUAACGGAACUCCAGAGACUUGCAGACAAACACUCCAGCAUGCUUCAGACAGCAGGCUGUUAUCGCUUCAUGACAUCACUAGACGACAAGAAGAGAGUCAAAGAUGAUUACAUUCAGUGGUAUUUCACCUACCGGAACCAUCUUUCCAUCCAGAGGUUCAAAGAGGGACUUGCAACUCUGGAUUUUCUCAAUGCCCUGGAACAGCAUCCUGCACUGUUCAUGCCAUUCAUGUGCUACAGUGAGAACUGUGUGAUGUUGUGGAGAGCUUGUUUCAUGUGCAGCUCAGUCCACCUGGUAGCACCAUGCGUCAGGAGGAGACCAGAGCACUGAACUACUGGCAAGACUAUCUGCUCUACGUUGAAGACUGCUCGAUGGACUCCACUUGGUCUGUCUGUGUCCCUGCUGGCAUUUCAUGUCCUCCUGCCCCAACCCCGGAACCACAGUGGGCAUACACUGUACAACAGGAUCACCAUUAUUGCAAGACGACCAGCGAAAAAGCUGGAAGAGAUGGAUGGAUGGUGUAUGCUGUGCGCUACACUGGCAUUGCCCUGAACGUGUUUGACAUCAUGUGGCGACGGUGAAAGGACAUGCCAGUGAUGCAUUCCCCAUGUCUGUGCGAGAUCAAGUUUUCAUGACACUUAUGAAGCUGAAGACCAACCGUGCCAGGAGUCAUCACUGCUUGGCUGCUGGGGAGACAGUCCAGGGCAGUCACUGUCCACCCACAGCUCAAAUGCUUACCAGUCAACUACAACCUUCCUAAAUUUCUUCGAUUUCUCAUUGUGCGCUAAUUGAAAUUUUAGGCAAGUUGGUUAGUGCUGAAGCUACCCCCAGUUGGAAAUCCCAUUUUAUCCCACAGAUCAAGCUGUUCACAUGUCCACUCACCAUAUUUUUCAUACAUAAAUCUUGCUGGCCCAGCUAAUGGAAUUAGUUUUGUAUUUUUUCCCAGUUAACAACCCAUUUUCUUUUUACUUAAUUUGAUCACUAACCUUCUGCCCUAUACAUCAAAUCAGGACAGACCUCACUUAUUUACAUGUUCCCCUCUCACAUGGUGUUAUCAGAGUUAAGUUCACAGUUUGAGUUUCCACAAGGCCUUGCUUCUUACAUAUCAAGUAGGUCGCCACCUACUUCAUGUCCCACCAUGACAGGAAACACCAAAUUUUUCCUUCACACAUUAAAUCCACCACUCCUUGUGUUUUGUUCCUAUCCAUUUUUUUUACCAUCAUAGAUUUUAUCCAACCAUCCAUUUUCAUAUUGCAAUCUGAUAUCACAGAACCAAGUGGAAGGAGAUUUUUUGCUGCAUUUUGCUGAACAUGAUUCGAUUACCGUGGGACUCAAGUGAGAGGCUUGUUUCUAAUGAUACGGUUCACUUCCUGUCUUAUUACAUGGUUGUCUCAAACAGUCUCACCGAUGUAGCGCCUCUUUUACUACCUCCGAAAGCAGUACAGAGCCGGGAUCAUUUGGUCCCCCCAUUAGACUUCUGGGAUGUUCAGACUGAAGGUGAAUCGUCACAGAAGCGUAUAUGUCACGGCUUGAAACGCUAUCUAUCUAGCUGGCUGGCUGUCUAUCUUAUAGAUUAUAGAUUGAAAAUUGUUCGGAACAAAAUACAGCUGGCACAAUACCAAUUCUGAAUCGAGAAUCUAUGGCAGCUUUCAGUUUUAAAUAUUGAAAUCAAAAGCAGUAUUGGCAAAAUGGAAAAUUUCACAACAAGGCCUUAGUGUGGUACAUUCCAGAGAAAUAUGGCAGGUUUAUCACGUUUGGUGCCACGUAGCCAUCAGACAAUAAAGUUCUAUCUUUAAAGAAGGGCAUAAAGUCAAUGAUCUGUUGAUCUUUAUAAAUCAAGAUUCCUUUCCACUCCACAUUAUUACAUUUUGUACAUUAUUUUUGUUUACAUAUUUAUUAGUGGCAUUAUGUUUUCAUCUGUUUUCAUUUUUUUUUUACAUUUGUUUAAGCAAUAACUUGUUUUGUUUGGGACAUUACCUUGGAAGAAGUAUAAAAGAUUGUAGCUGCUUGCACUAUCAGCUUUUUACAUAUGAAACGUUUCUAUGUGAAUGUUUUUGUACUUUAUAUUUGCAGUAAAAUAUUGUGUUACAAACAAGUUGUACAUCCUGUUUUUCUAAGAUGAAUCGACAGUGAUGGCAUGUUUGUUUUCAUGAUAUUAAAAGAAAGUUAUAAUAUAGACA